AUGAAUAUCUCAGAUAAUAGUCCUUUUGAUGUUGAAGCUCUUAAAAACUUGGUUGAAGCAGAAAAUGUGUACAAUUCUAGGGAAGUUCAAUUACAUACCUUAUUAAAACAGAAGUCAAGAUUAAACUGCGUAAAGGAUGGAGCAUCCAAUACAACAUUCCUUCAUGCAAAUUUAAAAGUAAGGAAGACAAAGAAUCUUAUCAGUGAAAUAGAAAUGAGAGAUGGCAAUGUUAUUAAUAAUCAAAAAGAUAUUGCAGAUGAACUAGUAAGUCAUUUUGAGAAAAAGUUUGAGUUUCAAGAUGUCUUAAUUGAAGAGUCCUUACUGAAGAACAUCCCUGAAGUAAUUUCUAGUGAAGAUCAAACAAUGUUGGAUAAAAUUCCUGAGGAAGAAGAGAUUAAAGAUACGAUAUUUAGCAUUGAUCCUGAUAGUUCACCUGGUUCAGAUGGUUUUUCUGGUAUCUUCUACAGAGCAUGUUGGCAGAUAAUAAAAGAAAAUGUGGUGCAAGCUAUCCAAUUUUGCUGGUCAAGAAAAUUUAUUCCUAAGGGGCUUAAUUCAAAAUUUUUAGUCUUGUUACCAAAAGUUGAAGGUGCUAAAUCUCCUAAUCAGUUUAGACCUAUUGGGUUAAGCAAUGUCAGUUUCAAGAUUUUUACUAAGCUAAUCACCAACAGAAUGAGUGGAUUAAUGGCAAAAAUUAUCUCUUCUCAGCAGGCAGCUUAUGUUAAAGGAAGGUGCAUUCAAGAACAAAUUCUUCUUGCUUCUAAAAUGGUAAAUGAGAUGAAAAAGAAAAGAAGGUGUGGAAAUGUUGGACUCAAGCUGGAUAUAUCUCAAGCUUAUGACUCAUCUGCCAAAAUAUUUGUUAUGCUUAAUGGUGGUCCUAGUGGCUUUUCUUCAGUUGAUUAUUCCAAUGGUAACAAGGGGGGAAUUCAUCCAACACACUUAAUGCUUGCAGAUGAUGUGUUCAUAUUCUUGAAUGGAGCAAAGAAAAGUGUCACAAAUCUUCUCAAGCUUCUAGAUGACUACCAAAAAAGUUCAGGUCAAGUAAUUAAUAAGCUCAAGAGUAAAUAUUUUAUAGAUGGAACUUCAGAUUUGAGGAAAAAUUAUCUUCAAAAUAUCAUCCAAAUGAAAGUAAGUGUUUUUCCAGAUAAAUAUUUGGGAGUAAUUCUUGUUACUGGCAAAGUUAAAUCUUCAACAAUCUGGCCAAUGAUGGAAAUAAUGCAAAGAAAACUUGCAACUUGGAAAGGGAAGCUAUUGUCAUUUCAAGAAAGGUUAGUUCUCAUUAAAUCAGUUCUUUGCAGCAUUCCAGUUUAUAAUAUGGCAAUAUAUAAGUGGCCUUCUUCUGUAAUUAAAGCUUGUGAGAAAAUUAUAAGGAACUUCCUUUGGUAUGGGGAUAGUGAAACAAGGAAAUACAAGGUUUUAUAUUGGAGGAAAGUGUGUACUCCCUACUCUGAAGGUGGUUUAGGAAUUCAGAGGAUUGAAGUUAUUAACAAGGCUUUUCUUAUGAAGAUGCUGUGUAAGAUUGUGAACUCUCAAGAAGACUGGGCUUUGUUCUUCAAAUCCAAAUAUAAGGAUAAGCACAACCAAUGGUGUAAUAACUGGAAAAUGUCUUCAGUUUGGAAUGGUCUGAAGUGGGCAUGGCAGUCAUUACAAGAAUAUUUAAAAUGGAGUGUCGGAAAUGGAAAAACAAUCUCACUUUGGUUUGAUGUUUUGGCUAGGAGAUUCCCCACUGAAAAAUGUUAUGGAGAAAUAUCAAUUUUGUAA